GUCCGUGAGUUGAAAGGUGACUACGGUUCACAGCAAUGCCCAAAAAGGUUGAAGAAAAUACAAAUAGUUAAUCUACAAACGAACUAUUCCAAGUCUGUUUGUCAACUGUUACUGUACAGCCCAGAAUGGUGUUAAGAGUGAGUAGCAGGAGGAGCGUGGUGUCGGGCUGGCUACUCCUGGUCUCCUGCUUUCUGCUGUCUGUUCGUUCACAUGAGCAGGCAGCCCACGAACACCCACCGGAGAGUCACCGUCCUAACAUGCACCUGGACAAGAACAUGGUCCAUGACAGAGAACACAUCAUGGAGCAUCUGGAAGGUGUGAUUGACAAGCCGGAGGCGGAUAUGUCGCCGCAGGAGCUGCAGUUGCACUACUUUAAGAUGCACGACUAUGAUGGCAACAACUUACUGGAUGGGCUGGAGUUGGCCACAGCCAUCACUCAUGUACACAAAGAGGAAAAAGGAGAGGAUAGCCAGCCUAUGAAAGAGGAGGACCUCACAAGCCUUAUAGAUGAUGUUCUGAGGGACAAUGACAAAAAUAACGACGGAUACAUAGACUACGCUGAGUUUGCCAGGUCCCUGGAGUAGAGGAGAGACGGUGCCUAACUGCUGGGGUCUGGCUCCGUGCACUGCACACAACCACACCACUUUCUCCACCACACCACUUUAAUUUACCUGAGCCAGUGUGCAUGUCUCACGCUCUCUGUGGGGCUAUCACUAUCCUUCAUCCGUCCAAACAGCAUGUAUACCAGAGGUGGGCGAACUUCUUGACUUGAGGGCCACAUUGGGAUUUUUCGAAAUUCAACGGAGGGUUGCACAGAUUUGUUUUGACCGAUUUUUUUUGUUUUUUGUUUGUUUGUCAAAACCUAUUUGCGGGUCAGAAAAAGGGCAGUAAUUUGAAACUAUUUAGGUCCGUUAUCAUUUCUACAUACUUUCUAUCUAGUUUUAGACGUUCAAGUGUGACCUGGAGUUUUUAACCCUCGUCCCCCAAAACAAAAAUAAAAGGGUUUUACUCAAAACUCCUGUGGGCCGAAUUGAAAGGUUUGCCCAGCCCUGAUAUAUACAGUAGAUUAUUCAAUUAUUACUGUAAUUAUUAAACUGCCAAAUUUGUCUGCUGUAUGGUAGCAACUAAACUAGUUCAGUCAUGUAAGAAUGAAAUUAUUGUGCAGGUAUUUACCUAAGUGCUGCUUUGCUGUCUAAAAUCUAGGAUUAUGGACCAAAGGUUUUGAUAUUUAUGCAUCCAAUCAAGUUAGACCAUUAAUGACAACUGCCUGUGGUCCUUAACUUUAAGAGUGGCCUUUACUAUUACUGCACCAUUCUUGUACUAUUACUCAUAGUGGGAAUGUUACAGCCCGGAUGCAGUAUACUGUACCACAGAGUAUGUGGGAGUGUGGGAAUGGCAAAGCAGGUUUGGAGGAUUUGUCUGAUGCUCAGAAACAAGCCAUGAACGGGGCUGCUUUCAGUUGGAACAAAAUAGAAGACAGUGUUUAGAAACGGAGGCGGUAAUACCUGGGCUAGUCCUACAAGUAUGCUCAUUCUUGUUUUCAAAAACGCUUUCUCUCAUUUGUUCGUAUUGAAUGUGACUCGGGUAACAUAAAAGCCACACUUGGUACGGGUUUGGUUCUGGUCAAACACAGUCAAUCACAAAUAAUUGUUCUGCUGAUCCACACAUACUUUACAUCCCUUACAAAGUCUGUUACCCACCUACCUGAAUGCACAAUUUCGCUUACAGCAGGGCUUGAUACUUGAGAUAAACAGAAUUUGAAUGUAAUACAGAAGAUGUGUUGUGCUGUGCAUUGUGUUUUCUUCAUCACUGGAUUCACUUUGACUUCUAGCACAGUGAGACCUCUGGGUGACAGCAAUACUGAAGGGUUAACUUCAUUUUACAGAUGUGCUAUAAGUAGAAUGCAGGGUUAUGUUGCUAUAAAUGUUAGUGGCCUAUUGAACUAAUGAUGUUACAUUAUGUGUAGUUACACCACACUCGAUUCUUUCCAAAUGAGCUCCAUCGCUGUCAAACAGUUACAGAUCAUUAGGUUACCAGGUCUUUAUACUAUAAGGCCCAGGUCUAUAUUCAACCCAUUUAUAAUACUUCUAAAUGAAUACUGAAACUUUAUUUGUUACAAAAGAGUUCUAAUUUUGUAAUUCAGUGACGGUUGUUCGGUGAAUACAGGUUAUUAGAAUAGAAAUGUGUUAAUAAAAUCUAUAAAAUGACAAGAUUAGUAGACACAUGCAACUGUGUUGUCUUUGUAAUAUGCUGCAAUAAACAAAUAUAUGAAUGUC